GGGAAGAGCUAUGGCGCUAUGAAUUCUGGUUAAGCAAGGUGCAGCAAGAUGGCGGAUACCCGAAAAACUGCGCUCAAUCGCCGACAUGAGCAACUUGAACGUUGGAAGGAUUCGGACCUUUUUAAAACUCCAGUAGAACGAGAUUCUAGGAAGAUCAAAAUCAAGUUCGACGAUGGGUGUGUAUUUCUUGCAGCGUGUGCCAGUGGUGAGCAGGACGAAGUUAAAACUUUGCUGGACAAGGGAGCCAAUAUCAAUACCGCCAAUAUCGAUGGGCUUACUGCCUUACAUCAGGCUGUCAUUGAUGAAAAUUUGGAAAUGGCAGAAUUUUUAAUAGAAAAUGGUGCAGACAUAGAAAUGCAGGAUAAUGAAGGCUGGACAGCAUUACAUGCAGCAGCAUCAUGUGGAUUUGCAGAAGUAGUUAA